AUGUUGCGCGCUUCCCUGCACCUCAUCCGGUCGACACGCGGGCUCGCUUCCGAGGGCGAAGAGCGAAUAGGGAAGCUGUUACGAGAGAGAUUCCCAAAGGCAAAGGUCGUCGAUGUACAGGAUAUUUCUGGUGGCUGCGGUUCGAUGUAUCAAGUGGCCGUGCAGAGCGUCGAAUUCAAGGGAAUGACUAAGUUGGCUCAACACAAGGCGAUCACCGGCUGUCUAUCCACCGAAAUUCAAGAUAUGCACGGGCUGAGGAUCGACACAAAGGCCCUC